AUGUUGUCGGUUGCGGCCGAGCGCCUCGAGAACUACUCCCUCAUUGCAGAAGUUGCGAAGCCGGAAAGACACUACGACGUCACCCUCAACUUCUGCAAUGUCACAACCAACUACGGCCACGAAGGUUGGAAGGACAACGUGCAGGUUACAGUGUGGCUCCCACUGGAAGGCUGGAACGGCCGACUCAGCGGUAUUGGCGGUUCUGGGCUGUCUUCACUUUGGACAUAUAACCGCUUUACGCCCGCUGUGACACGAGGUUAUGCUGCUGUUGGAACUGAUGCUGGUCAUGCAGCGGUUAUUGCGAAGAAUGUCAUCACGGACCUCUACGGCCAGGGGCCACGGUCCUCCUACUGGGACGGUUGCUCGACAGGUGGCCGCCAGGGCCUUACGUUGGCUCAGCAAUAUCCCACCGCUUACGAUGGGAUUCUUGCCGGAGCACCAGCUAUCAACAGGGCGACGUUCGUUCCAGCCAUGUAUUACCCGAAGUUUGUCAUGGACCACAUGAGCCACCCGUUGUCGCAAUGCACAUUUGACGCCAUUCGUAAUGCCUGCCACCGUUGA